CCCUUCCAAGUGAGCUCAUCAUCAACAUCAUCAUCAUCAUCCUCUUUAAAUCCUAUAUAAUCCUCUUCUACAAAAGGACCAACAAACUGAACACUACUCACUCAGCAACACUAGUUUAGCUUAGCUACUGCCCUUAAUGGCUGACAUGGGGGCUGAGUAUAACUUCUAUUGGGAAACCAAGAGGUUCCUUGAAGAAGAAGAGCUUGAUAGUUGGGGAUUUGAAGAACUGUUAUCAGGAUACUCAGAAUCAAGCUCCCCAGAAGAAGCUGGCUCAUCCUCCACUGCAGCCAAGAACAUUGUUAUGGAGAGAAACAGAAGAAGAAAACUCAAUGAAAGGCUUUACUCUCUCAGAAGUGUGGUCCCAACAAUAACAAAAAUGGAUAAAGCCUCAAUUAUCAAGGAUGCCAUUGAUUACAUUCAAGAGCUUCAAGAAGAGGAAAGAAGGAUAAUAAGUGAAAUAUCAGAGUUAGAGUGUGGAAGACCUGCAGAAGAACAAAGAGUUUGUGUUACUGAAAUGAUGGAUUGUGUUAUUGAUCCAUUUGUUCCUCAAACUAAGAAGAAGAGAACUAAUUCAAUGAGUCCACCAACUUCUUCUCAUUCUUGGUCUCCUGUUACAUCUCCUUCCAUUGAAAUCAUUGAUUUGAGAGUUUGUGAGUUUGGAGAAAGGACAUUAGUGGUGAGUAUUAGUUGCAACAAGAAAAGAGACACUAUGAUCAAGUUAUGCAAAGUAUUUGAGUCUCUUAAUCUCAACAUCAUCUCAGCCAAUAUCACCUCCAUUUCUGGCAGGCUUUUGCAUUCCCUCUUUGUUGAGACUGAGGACAUGGAUAGUGUUCAGUUGAAGGACAUGAUAGAAAGCGCCAUUAAUGAGCUUGAUGCUCCAGUGAGCUCCAUUAGUUACUAAGUUAGAAGCUAUCCUUUUCCUUAUUGGUUCUGUUCUCUAGUUUGAACAUGCUGCUCUGUUUUUCCAGUUUAUCAUCCUGAAAAGGAGAGAGAGGCUGUUGUUUUUGUUUCAGAGAAAGCAAUGUGUAGAAAAAGAAUCAGAUCCUUUAUUUGGAUAUAUAAGAAAAAAAAAAAGAAAAAGAAAAAUAGAAGGAAAAUUGGGUGGAGAAUAAAGUUAGUGUGGCACUGUUUCAUGUUUGUGAUUCCCCAAUUAAUCAAUAAUCAAUAAAGCUCUUUGUUCUUGAUCAA